GGGACGAAGGAGACAGCCAAUGCGCAGAGGUUUCAAGCCUCACCCAGCUGCCUACCAGGGAGUGGGGGGCGGGAGAUGCGGGGGAGACACUGAGGCCAUGGCCUUGGUCUGAGGUCUAACACUGACCUUUGGACACAGGGGCGAGGAAGGAUUAAUAGUUAAUCCCCAGCAGGAACCCAACAAAGAGGAACUCUCAAAGCUCUUCUGUUACAUCCUAUUAAAAAGGGAAGAAAAUUAUGUACCGAGCUCCUCCCCCGAGCUGGACCGGGAUCAUGUUCCCUUACCUGGACUACCUCCUUUUGUUUUUACAAUAACCUCAUGAGGUAGGGACUUUUGCCCCUGUGUUCCAGAGGAGGAAACUGUGGUUUAAAAUAUUUGGGUCACUUGCCUGAAAUUACACGGCGGAUAAAUGGUAUCGGGAGGACUUAAACCUGGUUCUUCCGUAUGUAACAUUAUAUGACAAUGCCCCGAAUUCCUUAGAUGCUGAAUAAGUAUUUGUUUUGCCUCUUUUCUGUCUACCUGCUAACCUAAGUGGCGGUAGGGAUGAGCUGAGGUUCAGGGGUCCUGGCACCUAGCACUUCCUGGAGGGGCCACAGCUGUCACAGGUGCAACCCCAUCAGAAUAUUAGUCACAUGCUUGUAAUACUUUCAAGUUGAGGAGGUUCCCUCACACCCCUUAUCUCAUGAUCUAAGGCAGCUAAGCGCACUGACACCUGGAGAUGUUUCUGACUCCUCCCCACCUUCAGCGUGCUGGGAAACAGACUGAAGGCAGGUCAUGCUAGGUGAUGAGGUGCACCUGCCCAUGAUGUGCACCGAUGUAUUGCCACCAUGCCUGCAGGAAGGAGAGCACGCUGGGGGCUGGGCAUCUGGGUGGUGGCUGAGCUGCUGGGGGGUUGCACCCAGCUCGGCACAGCCAGCAGAGCUGAGCCUGUAGCUGAGAAGCAGCGCUGCCCCCCACAUCAGAUAACCUAUAACCCCUCCUCCUGAAUGGACUUUAGUCUUAGCAGAUGAACUGAGUGAGAUAAGAGCUCCGGCAGGCCAGGCUGUGAAGGAAGGGAAGGAACACUCAACUCGGCCUGCUACCCAGUCAAGACUCCCAUCAUGAAGCCAAGGGCGGCCCGACCACGGAAGAGAGAAGGGCAGAGGGGAGAGCAGGAGGACCCACCCGCCGGAGAAGGAAACACUGAAACGCACAGAGGCUCGGACUUGGUGCAAUGGACCCGACAUAUGGAGGCUGUGAAGACACAGUUGCUGGAGCAAGCGCAGGGCCAGCUGCUGGAGCUGCUGGAUCGGGCCAUGUGGGAGGCCAUACAAUCCUACCCUCCCCAAGGCAGACCUCUGUCCUCCAUUCCUCCAGAUUCCUUGAGCAAGACCCGGGAGCCAGCCUUGGAGAAAAGGAAAGUUUUCGUCAUCCGCAAGUCCCUGCUUGACGAGCUUAUGGAGGUGCAGCAUUUCCGUACCAUCUACCACGUGUUCAUCGCCGGCCUGUGUGUCUUCAUCAUCAACACCCUGGCCAUUGACUUCAUCGAUGAGGGCAGGCUGAUGCUGGAGUCUGACCUACUGAUCUUCAGCUUCGGACAGCUGCCCUUGGCGCUGAUGACCUGGCUCCCCAUGUUCCUGUCCACUCUGCUGGCGCCCUACCAUGCCCUGCGGCUGUGGGCCAGGCCCCAGGUCGGAGGGGCCUGGACGCUCGGGGUGGGGCUGGGCUGCCUGCUGCUGGCUGCCCACACUGCGGUGCUCGGCAUCCUCCCGGUCCAUGUGGCCGUGGACUAUCAGCUCCCGCCGGCCUCCCGCUGCGUCCUGGUCUUUGAGCAGGUCAGGUUCCUGAUGAAAAGCUACUCCUUCCUGAGAGAGGCUGUGCCUGGGACCCUUUGUGCCAGAGGAGGCGAGGGGAUCCGGGCCCCCAGUUUCUCCAGCUACCUCUACUUCCUCUUCUGCCCCACGCUCAUCUACAGGGAGACUUACCCCAGGACCCCCAACGUCAGGUGGAAUUAUGUGGCCAAGAACUUCGCGCAGGCCCUGGGCUGCGUCCUCUCUGCCUGCUUCAUCCUGGGCCGCCUCUGUGUUCCUGUCUUUGCCAACAUGAGCCAGGAACCCUUCAGCACCCGUGCCCUGGUGCUCUCUAUCAUGCAUGCCAUGUUGCCAGGCGUCUUCAUGCUGCUGCUCAUUUUCUUUGCCUUCCUCCACUGCUGGCUCAACGCCUUCGCGGAGAUGCUACGGUUUGGAGACAGGAUGUUCUACCGGGACUGGUGGAACUCUACGUCCUUCUCCAACUACUACCGCACGUGGAACGUGGUGGUCCACGACUGGCUGUACAGCUACAUAUAUCAGGAUGGGCUGCGGCUGCUCGGAGGCCGGGCCCGAAGGAUGGCCAUGCUGGGCGUGUUCCUGGUCUCUGCAGUGGUCCAUGAGUACAUCUUCUGCUUUGUCUUGGGGUUCUUCUACCCCGUCAUCCUGAUGCUCUUCCUUGUCUUUGGAGGGCUGCUGAACUUCACGAUGCAUGACCGGCACACGGGCCCGGCAUGGAACGUGCUAAUGUGGACCAUCCUCUUUCUGGGCCUGGGCAUCCAGGUUAGCCUGUACUGCCAGGAGUGGUAUGCACAGCGGCACUGCCCCCCGGCCCAGACAACCUUCUGGGGGCUGAUGAUACCUCGAUCUUGGUCCUGCCAUACCUAGAGGUCAGGGCACCCUCACUGCCCCGAUGAUACCACCAAGUUCUUCUCUGCCUGCAAAGCCUGGGACCAGGGCUCCUCUCUCUGCGCUCCCAGACCUCACUCUGAGUCAAGGAGGCCUGGCAUGCAUGACCCCACCAGCGAGCUCUAGAGACUGAGGUCUGUGGACCUGUGGGCAGCUGAGCACAGACCCAGAGCAGUGGUGGCUCUUGAGCCCCCAUCCCCAUGGAGUGGGCCCAGGGCCCUCUCCACCCCAUGGCUGUCCGGACUUGGGGAGACUUGAAGGACCAUACAGAUUGGGUGAAUGUGGGGUGAUUUACAGAAAAUGGGGCCACCAAGUUCUGAGAAGUGUUUGUUUCUUUCUUUAUCCUCCUUCCAAUAUAAUAAUAAACUCUUUGUCUCUUUUUAUUCA